ACGCUGAAUGAGAAGGGCGCAUCGAGGAGGCUCCGGUCGCCUACGUUAGCCGGUUAGCUUCCUCGCUAGGCGCUUAGCACAGACCUCGUAUUUAUUUUCUAAAGAACUGAGAGUGAAAAAUGACUAUAAUUCUAUAAUCCAUAAAUAAAUACAGUGUUUCAGUUGUUUCAGACGGUUGUUUUAAGAAGGCAGCGCGUAUUUUAGAGGGGAGCUUGCGGUAUAGCAGCAGCAGAAGUGGUGUCUGAGCCCCGGUGUGACCCUGGUGGACGAUGAGGGGUUUGCGCUCCAAGUCAGACUCCAUGGCUGUACCGUUAAACUCUGCCGUGGAGACAGAGAAGGCGCAGGCGCUGCUGCAGACGUUCAGCACAGCAUCUCUGCUGGCUAGCGCUGGCCUCGGUGCCUUCUGCUUCGUAGCUGACUCCAUCUUGAGCUCGACCUUCAUCCAGCAGCACUCGUGGCUCAGGGCCGUGCUGGACAACUCGGUCCAUGCCGCAAUCGCGCUCUGGUCUUGGGCCGUCGUCAUUGGCCUGAGGAAGAAGAGCGACUUUUACGAAGUGCUGUUGGCUGGGUUCUUAGCCUCCGCCAUCGACUUGGACCACUUCUACAUGGCCGGAUCACUGUCUCUUACAGCGGCCCUAAACCUGCCACGGCGUCCUCUGCUGCACUGCUCCACGCUGGUCCCAGUGCUCUGCUUCUCACUGCGCUUGCUCAUGUGGACGUGCAGGCUGAAGGACUCGUGGUGUUCGCUACCCUGGCUGCUUUUCAUCUCUCUGGCAUCUCACCACAUACGAGACGGCGUGCGCCACGGCUUAUGGCUGUGGCCCUUCGCCAACACGCCGCCCAUCUCCUACUGGCUCUACGUCACCAUCACUGCGACUCUCCCCCACCUCUGUUCAGUCCUCAUGUACCUGACCGGCACCAGAGACAUGAUUUCGAUUAAGCACGGCGUGGCCAUCGACGUCUAAAUCCCCCCUCCAUAACGAAUUACUGUUCUUCGAUCCUCUCCCAGGAGAAUUGUUUUGCACUGCAGUUGUGUGACCUUCUGGAGUUCAGCAGCAACUCGCUCACAACUGCACGUCCUCCUUUACCCUUUAUGUAAUUCAACCAGCUCAUCAGGGGUCACUUUACUAUCAGGGUUUACUGACUGCUCGAAUUGGAACUCUUUAUUAACUAUGUCUAAUUACAAAAAGAGACAAAAACGCUCUUUUAUUGAAGGAAUCUUUGCCAUACUAAGCCCACUUGUCUGUGAUAUCUUUUCAUCAGCAUCCUUUAUUUUAUUUUUAUAUUUAUUUUCAAAUAAGCCAUUUUUGACUGUGACCAAGUCAAAUUUGUUCUGUGCUUUUUUUUAAUGUUUUGGUCCAAAACUGAGACAUAAUUAACCAGGUUACAUUGUGCUUCAACCUCAAGUUUCCUAAACAGCAUUAGCUCCUAAACCCAAUCAGAGCUCAAGCAACAUCUGCCCAUGUCAAGCAUCAUGCUGCCCCAUAUCCAGGAAAGUCCACAGAUGCUGUAGUAGCCUUCAGGUGAACACAGAUUCUGUCAUUUGUGAUCAAAACCCACCACCAUCUUAAUUUAGUUGCAAACAGGGUGGAAAAUUUCCAUGAAAUUUCAUCAGGAGGAUUUUUGGAAAUAUUCCAAGUUGGGAAUUAAUGGGGAUUAAGAAAUUUUGGGAUAUUGCAAACGAGCUUGAAUAAUAAGCUGUUAGUCGUACAGUAUGAUGAAGAUACUGUGAUGAAGCCUGAUGACCACUUUCAAGGAGCUGCAGGUCUUUGGAGUUAACUGAAGGAAGCUUUAGGAGGUUCAUAAACACAUCACCAAGAACCUGAAUUUGAUGCUACAGUGGGGUCAAGCUCACUGUCACUGGACAGAUGAUAGAUCUUCAGUUUUAAUUUUCAGUUGUCCAGCUUGGAUUCUUGUUUUUGACUGAGUGAAGCCUGAUGAUCUGAUGUAUUGCUCCACCCCAAGAUUUACCCGAGUAGCUUUUCUGCUCAGCAUGGUUGUCAGCAGGUAGACAACUUCCUAAUCCAUAAAAAGGUUUACAUUUGUCUGUGCGAUAUUUGCACAUACAUGCAAAAGAAAUCAGAUGCAAGAUGAGCGAUAUUUGAUCAAAUCCAUGCUUUAGGUUGAAACUGCGUGUAAAACCUGAGUGUUGCUUUUGUGUAAAUGUGUUUCUGAGACGCUUCGUGUUCAAAUAGUGUCUUAUUUACAGCACAGUCUGAAGGUAAACGCUUAGACAAUGCUGCUCAGUGGUUAAGGCUCGUAGUAACUUAACAGAAGGGCAGAGGUUCAAACCCUGGUAUUGCCAAGCUGCCACUCUAACAAGGCCCCCCUUUAACCCUCUGUAUCAUGGCUGAUCCUGCACUCUGACCCCGGCUUCCUAACAUCACUGGGAUAUGUGUAGAAGACUUUCACUGAGUGUUCUUUCUUUUUGUCUACCUUCCUUACACAGUUCCUUUACUGAUUGAUCAUCUCAAGAGCACAUGCAGAUUUGAUUGUGGUCCAAAUAUUACUACAUGCAGACUUUCUGUGAGAGGAGGAAGCUUGGGGUUGGGCAGUGAUUCUGUAGAGUUUCAUAGUCGACUUCUAGCUUUUUUUGCAGGCCGUUUUCUGCUUUUAUUUGUUUUGUGUUUGAAGUCCAUAAAGCUUGUGUCUAUGAAAGUUUUGAGAUGCGUUGAAGAUUGUGGUUGGAGCUUAAAUACCUAGCUAUACUGACAUGACCAUUAUAUUCAUAUCUAAAAUGUUUUAUCAUAAAUAAUGCUGAAAGCUGCUGAAGGUUAUAAUUGCAGUGUAGUGUAGCCCGAGGCCAAAACAACUGAAAUCAUUUCUGUCCAAUUAUUUCCAGAAACCGCAUCAUUCAUCUCUGAGAGUUUAUUCACGUUGAAACACAGUACUCACUUUAUUCCAUUAGUGUACCUUUGCCUAUUUAUAGUGUAAUCUAAAAGUUUUUUUCUUCAUCCUUUCUAGAACAUUAACUGUAAAUAAACAUGUCUGUAGGCUACACUGGUACUGGAAAAAAAAUGAGAAAGGAACAAAUUCCAUCCAUGGAUUAUACACAAAUUUUCUUCCUGUCUGAUUCGUUUGUGUUCCUCCUUGUUUCUUGUUCUCUUUGUUUGUAUUAACUGAAUUUUUCUCGAGUGUAAACCAUGUGAAAGAAAUCUCUUUUUCCCCCCCUAAGUAUCACAACAGAACCCAAGAACUCCAAUUUUCCAAAUGACGCAAAUGUGGACUAAAGUGAUCAAUAAGUUGAUAUCUUUGUCCAGCAGGGGGCACCAGUGCACAACAAAAAUAGUUUGUAAGUUUGCAUACCGUUCUAUUUCCAUUGUGCGAUUGUAUUUUUAAAUUGUUUUUGCAAUUUUUAUUUAUGAAUGUCGGUGUCAUUGUUAUAAUUUAUUAUCGACAACAAAACGCGUGUUCUGUAGGAAUAACCUUCAGCCGAUCAGAGCACUGGUGACCACUGGACUACAGCCCACCAGGGCUUUGAUGUCAGGCGACCAAAAAAAAAAAAUCAUGUGCACUCUUUCUAUGUUAACACUGUGUGCAAGGAUGAUUUCAGGAUUAAAUCUGAGGAACAUUCCA